UGGACGAGCUACAUGUACAUGUAGGUUUACGUGCCAUGUCGCAUCGUGUGUGAACACGUGGGUGGCGUAGACGUUUCUCUACUUAGGCCUAUUGAGUGAAAUUUUGUGAGGUUUGGGGGCCUCGGUAAGCAGGCUGGAAUAAUGGAGCGGUCAGAAGCAAGUGGAGAAGUUUCAGAGUUCAACUUCAGUGGUCCAGGCGACAAAAGUGGAUCUGUGAAGAUGCAUGAGUUGAUGAGUUCUCUGUCAAAUACGCCAAGUCACUCAGAGCUCAAGAAACAGCUGAGUAGUGUUCAGAAAACUCAGAAAGUUCUUGCAACACCUUUACAUAAGCAUGAUGCACAAAAGGUUCAAAGAUCUGUAGCUUAUGAAGCUGCUGCAAACGAAGUUUCCAAAUGGGAUCAGGUGGUGCAAGCAAAUAGGAGAGCAGAACACAUGUCCUUUCCCCUGAACCAGCCAAGGCUUGGACUUCAAACUACUGAUCAGUUUGUGAAAAAAUUUCAGCCAAGCAGUCCUUUGGAACAAGAAGUGUACAAGAUUCUUCAUGGUAGUAAACACAGUGAAAGACCUAAUAAACUGGCCCUUGCUGAGGAAGAAAUACUCACAUGUAUGAGUCUGGAAGAGGCUCAAGAGCGCCGAGCUGAGCUGCAGAAAACACGGGCCCUUUUGUCAUACUACGAAGCAAAGUGUCAUCGAAAGAAGAAAAUCAAGAGCAAAAUGUAUCACCGCAUUGAGCGCAAAUGCAGGACCAAAGAAGCUGGAUGUAAAUUCAGACAGAGCGUGAAAGCUGGGACAGACGAAGCUAAGGAGCUACUGGACAAGUUUGAGAGAGCAAGAGCAAAGGAACGAGUGACUCUCAAGCAUCGUAACACAGGAAAGUGGGCCAAAGGAUUAAUGCGGUUUGGGAAAUAUGACAGCAAUGCACGCCAUCUAUUAGCAAAGCAGUUGCAACAAAGUUAUGACCUCACUACAAAAUUCAAGGAUGCAGAUGAUGGAGAUAUUGUUGACAAUGAGAGGACUACCUCGCAUGUUAGUCAAAGUGACGGUUCUGCUGACAGUCCUACAUCCAGAUUACUGCACGGCGACAUCAAUAAUCCAUGGUUUACUGGAACCACUGCCAAACAUCAAGAAACUGUUCAUACCAAGAGUGUUCCUUUUCAGCCUGUUUCCUCUUAUGUGAUGCAUACUGAAUCGGACAACGAGUCUUGUACAUCUGAUAAUGGUGUUGGUGAAUUACGUGAAGAAAAUAAGUGCAACGUAUUCACAACCUUGACUAAAUCAAACUUGAAACAAGAAGAUGAAUCCAAGUCUGACCAUGAUAAGCAGAGUGAUGGAGAUGCACCUCUUUCAAGAAGUUCUGAGAACUUGUCUCCCCUUGACAGAGGUUAUGAAAAUACCUUUGUUGAGAAACAAAAACAAAAUGCAAAGUUGACAAUUUUAAGAGCCGAGGCAACAGCUGUUCAGUCUUCUGCUCCGGAUCUUAUCAUUGGUGAAGAGCAGUCUCAUCCUUUUCUGACUAUUCGUGAGGCCUUUGCUGAAGAUGAUAUUGUGGAGGCCUUUCAAGAUGAAAAACAGGAACACAUGGACCUUUGCAAGCCAAGCGAUGAUGGAAAUUUAUCACUGGCAGGCUGGGGAGAUUGGGGAAGUGCUGGAGUAAGGAAGAGGAAAAUGAAGAGGUUUGUAACAAAGGCAAAGCCUGCGCAACCUCAGCGGGUUGAAAAUUUGCAGCAUGCUCUUGUUAAUGAGAGUAGAAACAAGAAAAUGGCAGUGCAUCAGGUGAAUCAUUUACCAUUUCCCUAUAGUGCCCCAGAACAAUUCCAGCGUAGUGUCAGAGUACCAAUUGGUAGCACAUGGAACACACCUUCAGUUUUCAAGAAGAUAACAACUGCAAAUGUAACAACAAAAAUGGGAACAGUUAUUGAGCCAAUCGAUGCUUCUGAAACAUUCAAGAAAACCAAGAAGAGGACAUCAGAACCCCUAGCAACAACACAAAAUGCUAAAAAAAAAACAAUCAAAUGGAACAAAGAAAGGAAAUAAAUAACUGUCAGUCCUGAUUGCUAGUAAACAAUUUAGCAGUAACUUUUUGAAACAUUGAAGUUGCAACAUUUACAAGUUCUAGCUUUAUACUGAUAACAGGGUUUAAAAUUCUGUUCUACAGCCUCAUAUAUGUUGCUAUUUAAGCUUUACAAUUAACUUGUCUGGAGUAUAUUACUAAGAGACCAAUCAUUAUUAUUAAUGAUCCUGUUCAAUUGAAGGUGCUUCUUUUUAAUUCUAUGGUUCUUAUUUCCGACUGACCCUGCUUUUUGCUUCCGACCACUGAUUUUUUUUUUAAUCUACCGCCCUUGUCCACAACGUAGCUUAGAAAAAAAUCUAAGAAAAGGACACUCUUCGAAGAAAAUCCAGUCAUAAAUAUCUGAUAUACAUGUAUUCUAUUUGUCUACUUAACUAAUGUGUACCUUGGGAAUGCAUGAACUAGUUGAACCAUGGACAAUGAGGGUCUUGGCUUACUGAACUUAGCUGGUAUGCCUUUUAACAGUCAACUUUAUGAUGGUAUGUAAUAAGUGCAAAUGUUGUUUAUUUUGUGUAACUUAAUCAAAGGGGAUAAUGAUUUGUUUAUUUUUUUUAACUGACUAAAAGUCAUGGAAUUAAAAGUUACUUCCAAACCAGGCAGUCAUCCAUUGAAUGCCUCGGAA